AUGAAAAACCAGCUCCGCGGCCCCCCAGCGCGGGCGCACAUGUCGGCCUCGGGGACGUCGGCGGCUGGGGACACCGGGGCGGGGUCGGAACCCGGUGCGGGGUCCGGCGCGGGCACCGGGGCAGGCGCGACAACGGGUGCGGGGGCCAUGCCGUGCAAGAGCGCCGAGUGGCUGCAGGAGGAGCUGGAAGCGCGGGGCGGUGCGUCCCUGCUGCUGCUCGACUGCCGGCCGCAUGAGCUCUUCGAGUCGUCGCACAUCGAGACGGCCAUCAACCUGGCCAUCCCGGGUCUCAUGCUGCGCCGCCUGCGCAAGGGCAACCUGCCCAUCCGCUCCAUCAUCCCUAACCACGCCGACAAGGAGCGCUUCGCCACGCGCUGCAAGGCGGCCACCGUGCUGCUCUACGACGAGGCCACGGCCGAGUGGCAACCAGAGCCCGGCGCUCCCGCCUCGGUGCUUGGCCUGCUCCUGCAAAAGCUGCGCGACGAUGGCUGCCAGGCCUACUACCUCCAAGGUGGUUUCAACAAGUUCCAGACAGAGUACUCAGAGCACUGCGAGACCAACGUGGACAGCUCGUCCUCACCAAGCAGCUCGCCGCCCACCUCCGUGCUGGGCCUUGGGGGCCUGCGCAUCAGCUCCGACUGCUCGGACGGCGAGUCGGACCGGGAGCUGCCCAGCAGUGCCACCGAGUCCGACGGCAGCCCCGUGCCGUCCAGCCAGCCGGCCUUCCCCGUCCAGAUCCUGCCCUACCUCUACCUCGGCUGCGCCAAGGACUCCACUAACCUGGAUGUGCUCGGCAAGUAUGGCAUCAAGUACAUCCUCAACGUCACGCCCAACCUGCCGAACGCCUUUGAGCACGGCGGCGAGUUCACCUACAAGCAGAUCCCCAUCUCGGACCACUGGAGCCAGAACCUCUCCCAGUUCUUCCCUGAGGCCAUCAGCUUCAUCGACGAGGCGCGCUCCAAGAAGUGCGGUGUCCUGGUGCACUGCCUGGCGGGCAUCAGCCGCUCGGUGACGGUCACCGUGGCCUACCUGAUGCAGAAGAUGAACCUGUCACUCAAUGACGCCUACGACUUUGUCAAGAGGAAAAAGUCCAACAUCUCACCCAACUUCAACUUUAUGGGGCAGCUGCUGGAUUUUGAGCGGACGCUGGGGCUGAGCAGCCCGUGUGACAACCGCACCCCCAGCGAGCAGCUCUACUUCUCCACGCCCACCAGCCACAGCCUGUUCCCACUCAACACCCUGGAGUCCACGUGAGGCCAGGGGCACCGGUGGGCAGGGGCUGGGCCCCCACAGGGAGCCUGAGGCACCCGGACAUCGCCUGUGCCAGGGGCCCAGGCCGACAGGCGGCUGCGCUGCCUCACGGCCCCGGGGGGCGGAGCCUGCGGACUGGAGAGGCAGGUCCGGGCUGGGGGGGUCAGAGGGCCUCGUCCCGCCCCCAGGACCCUCCUUCCUGCUGAAGGCCCGGCCAGUUCGGCAUUUUUUAAAAGACGUCCAUGGACCCGUGUUUACUUUUUCCUUUUGGCAGGUGAAUCACACUCCCUGGAGCACAGACGGUGGUCACGGUCUUCUCGGUAGUUUUUUUUUUUUUAAUGGAAAGUGUUACUUUCAGGCUACAUGCAACAGUGGAUUGUAUAAACCAGUAUUUCAUCCCUUUCUUGAUCCUGCGAGAGAGAGAAGUAUUCUCAGUUUUCUUUUUCGAAAAGCAAUUAGUGUUGGGGUUUUUUUGUUUGUUUGUUUCCCUUUUUUUUUUUUUUCUUUUUUUCUUAAUGGAAAAGACAAACCCGGUGUUGAUCUUGACCAAAUGCGUUUUGCACAUGUGUGAAGCCUCUGUCUCUGGUGCAGUCCCUUCCGGAAGGCGUGGCUCGCUGCUGCUCACUCCUCACGGGCGCCCAGGCGUGCCCACCGCUCCCAGCCGCCCGGCCGGGCCCUGCGUGGCCCUGCGUUGGCCGGCCGUGGUGACAGCCGCAGGCUGUGUGGGCCAGGCGGGACAGGCGGUCUGUGCGUUCUGCGCCGUCCCUGACCGCCCCUCCGGCGGCCCCUGCAGACUCCCCCGGGCAGGAGUCGGGAGGCCCUGUGGCCGUCCAGCUGGCGGAGGGGCUGCAGGGGACUGACUGUCAGGCAGCAGCAUCGCCCCCGGGGCUAGGCCCGUGGGGGCGCCUGGGUCCCGGGCCCUUUUCUACACAUACCCACUCCUUCUGUCUCCUCUCUGUUUGUGACUGAGAGUGGAGGCCCAGUGGCCGAGGGAAGCUUGGGGUGGGGGCGCAGCCCUGCCUCCUGAGUGUCUGCCCCUCGCCCUGGCUGUUGCUGUGGUUCCGCGGCCACUCCCAGCCCCCUCGUCCCAGUGGAAGCCUGUCCAGUGCUCCUGUCGCCCAAGCCUUCUACCGCCAGGAACCUCGCUCCCGUUGCAGUCCAGUCCUGGGGCAGGCGCAGCAGGGCGGGGCCGGACAAGCGAGAGGGUGUGAGGCCUGACCCCACGUCCCCAGCAUCUGCAGAACAAAGCCACGGAUUCCGUUAGCCUCCUCCAGUUUUGUUCCUCGGCGACCCCCGGCUCUACCAGGUGUCAGGACCGCGUGGGGACCGGGCGGGGCGCGGCCGGCCGGGUCCCUGAGCGAGCCGGCGCGCGGCACUGCUGCAUCUUACCUCACGGGGUUGUUUUCAGGGAUUCUUCAAGGCAGCGGACCCACGUCUUGCCACAUUUGAGAAAUUGACAAAAGCUUCCGUGCUGUACAUGGUUCUCUUUCUCUCUCUUUUUUACUUUAAAAAAAAAAACAAAACACAAAACCCAGAAAGACGCAUCUGCUUUGUGUAAAUGAGAGUAUGCCAAGAGGGUGGCCAGUUUUGCUUUAUGAUCUUAUGAAGGAAAAUUUGUGACCCUACGUAUAUAUAUACAUACACACAUAUAUAUAUCCCGAACCAGCAACGGGACUUUGUUUAU